GUUUGGCCGCACUGCGGAUUUCCUUGUGUUUGGACACAAGCAGCAGCGGAGAGCCAUCACAGAAGCAGUUAGACUGGCGCUGGGGGAGGGGGGAGAUAACGGUGGGACGGGGGAGAAGGGCGAGAAGGGGGAGGGGGAAUCGAGCAGGGGGGAGGGGUGUGUAGGGAAGCAGCGGAGAGAGGACAGGCAGGUAGGUCGAGAUCGCAAUGGAAGGGCAUUCGGAGUAGCAGCAGGUGGGGGGCCAGCAGGUGCAGGAGGGGCAGGCCUGUGGGCAGAGAAGGAGAAUAAGGAGAACGAAGAGGGGAAGGGAGGAGGGAAGGUGGGAGAGAGUGUGGAGGAGAGGGUGGGGAGGGAGGUGGAGGAGUUGAAGAGGAGCCGAGCUGCAGCAGCCAAGUGGGUCAAGUUCGUUGUGCGGGCCAAGGCAGCAGGUCAGACAGCAGAGGACUUUGAAGCACGGGGCAACCACGAGGCAGCCCGGGUCCUGCAAGCAUACGCAAGUGUGCUGCAAAAGUGCAAUGCGGUGGACUAUCACGACUUCAUCCUUCUGUCCACCAUGCUGCUCACACAGCACAGUGAUGUCCUGCAGGAAUGCACCUCAGCAUGGUCGCAUGUGCUGGUGGACGAGUUUCAAGACACCUCGCGCAUCCAGUUCGCGUUCGUCAAGGCCCUUUGCGGCACACACGGGCGCAUCACCGUUGUGGGGGACGAUGACCAGUCCAUAUUCAGCUUCAAUGGAGCCAAUGCAGCCUCGUUCGACAUGUUCCGAAAGCACUUUCCGGACCACACUGAGGUACGUCUGUGUCGCAACUACCGCUCCACAGGCACCAUCGUGCGCGCCUCUGCUGCUGUCAUCUCGCAGAACUUUCCAGGAAGGAGGGCGGCCAAGGAGCUGUGCACUGACAACGGCGAUGGGGAGAAGAUCAGAGUGUGGCUGUGUGCCGUUAUUAUCUCCUCCCUUCUCUUCCACAUGGCAGGGUGGUGGAGGUGCGCAACGAAGCAGUUCAGUGUGCCCUGGUCGCCGAUGCCAUCAUGUCUUUCAUGCACCAAAUGCACCACGUUCGCUGAGUUCCAAGGCUGUGCGCCAUAUACUCCCUCCUCCCUUCCACAUGGCAGGGUGGUGGAGGUGCGAAAUGAAGCAGCACAGUGCGCCUUGGUCGCCGAUGCCAUCAUGUCCUUCAUGCACCAGAUGCACCGCGUUCAGCCGCACAGCACCACUGCAGCCACGACCACCAGCACCAGCACCGCCACCAACACCGUUGCCACUUUCAGCGGCAGCAGCAGCGCAGCAGGGGGCGCAGCAGCAGGGAGUGUGGCAGCAGGAGACAGUGCAGCAGGGAGCAUAGCAGCAGGGACCCCCCUGGCAUGGAGCGAUGUGGCAGUGCUGUACCGGCGGCAGGUGACUGGUCGGGCAUUCCAGGCUGCGAUGAGGGAGAGGAAGAUCCCCUUCAACGUGCAUGGCGUGGCGUUUUACAGGAAGAAGGUUCUGUCUGACGUUAUAGGUUCUGUCUGGCAAGGUCAUCCUUCCUGCAGCCAUGAGGGGUGUGCUUUCUUUCCCCCUUGCUCCAUCUUCCCCUCCCUUCCACUUCCCCAGGCCCUGCGCAACGUGCUCGCUCUGCUGCGCCUCUCCCUGCCAUCACUGGUGGACAACACUGCCUCCCUCUUCCCUGCCUCCCUCUCCACAUCCCCAGGCCCUGCGCAACGUGCUCGCUCUGCUGCGCCUCUCCCUCCCUGCACUAGUGGACAACACUGCCGCCCGGAGAGUCUGGAAGCUGCUGUUCCCUCCCUCUUCCCUGCCUCCCCAUUCCCAGGCCCUGCGCAACGUGCUGGCUCUGCUGCGCCUUUCCCUGCAAUCCAAUGUUCCCCAUCGCUCCCCAUUCCUCUCCACCCCUCUCCAUCCCUUCUCAAACCUCCACAUCCCCAGGCCCUGCGCAACGUGCUGGCUCUGCUGCGCCUCUCCCUCCCUGCGCUAGUGGACAACACUGCUGCCCGGAGAGUCUGGAAGCUGCUGUUCAGCCGAGAAAAGGACGAGGCAAAGAAGGCUGCAGAUCAUGUGGAGCAGAGGGCCAGGGACCGAGGCUGCAGCUUCCUGGAAGCCGCAGAAACCAUAUUCUCAGGGAAAAACAACGCUGUGAGGAGGAAGGAGAAUGAGGAUUCGGUCAUGCUCACCACCAUGCAUCAGUCCAAGGGCCUGGAGUGGCACACGGUGUUCAUUGUGAGCGCCAACGAGGGAGAGACGCCACUGCAAAACAGAUUCGAAGAGGGGAGGGGUGGGAGUGUGGAGAGGGCGAGUGCAGGGAGGGCGAGCGGGGAGGGAUCAGAGGAAGAGCCACUUUCACUGGAGGAGGAGAGGCGGCUGUUCUAUGUGGCCAUGACACGUGCUCGCCAUCGAUUGGUCAUUGUGACACUCAGACAGACACCUGAAAAGCAGGUUCUCCAGCCCUCUCGGUUCAUUCGCGAAAUCCCCUCGGAUCUGCUGCUGUGGCAAGGCCAUACACCCAUCACAGCCAACCCCAGCGCAUCAACACACGGGGCUGCAUUGCAUACGCCCAGCAAAGCCAACACCUGUGCGCCAGCCCAUGCUGUUGCAUUCCAUACGCCCAGCAAAGCCCCAGCCGCCUCCCCUGCCUCUGCCCAGCCUAACGCUCACGCUGCAUCACUCUUUGAUGACGGGAAGGAGCAGUGUGGGACAGGGGUUGCACCUCGCAAUCUCGAUUCUUCUGUGCCUGGGGUCGUAUGCGGUGUGAGAGAAGGCUUUACUGCAACACUCUGCCUCCCAGCACAACCUCACCUCUCUGCUCCGCCACAACCUCUCAAUCCACCCUAUCUCUUCCCUCCCAGCUUCCCCACGGAGCACCGUGCGAGCAUAGCAGCCAUCUUCCACUCCUGGGCGCGCCGCCCUGCCUUUCAGCAGCCAUCACGUCUUAUCGCUAAGGUGAGGGCAGUGGUGGAUAGCAGGCAGAGCAGUGGAGCAGCAAGAUCAGCCAGUGGCAAGGAAGCAUUGAGGCUGCUGCGACCACUCUUGUCCUCGACACAAGCUGCUUCCUUUGCAGCACAUGUGAUAGCAUGGGAGCAGCUUCCAUUUGAGCAGAGAGCAUUACACCGGGUGGAGCGACAGGAAAUGUUUCAGCAGCAGUAUUCGGAAGAGGCUAUGAAUAAAUCGGCAGCGACACCAAAACAGUUGACAUACCUGAAGCAGCUUGGAUCUCGGGCCUUGCCGUUUGUGCCACCUGUUCACAUCGGUGCCUCUCUGACCACAAUGGCCGCCGUGACCUCCAUGUCGAUCGCAACUCCCGCCGUCGGGCUGUCGGCUCAGGGAGCCGUCAGCAAGAAGGCCAACCAGGUCAGCUUCCUCAGCGGCAGCUCCCUGGUUUCCUCCCUCGAGAGCAAGCCGGUUGUCCGCGUGGCUCAGCCCGCUAAGACCGCCGUGCGCGCCAGCGUCGCUGCCGCUGCUCCCAAGAAGAAGGAGCACCGCAAGAACGAGGAGGGUGUGCAGGUUAACCUGUUCAAGCCCAAGACGCCGUACAUUGGCCGGUGCCUGCUCAACACCAAGAUUGUCGGCGAUGACGCUCCCGGCGAGACCUGGCACAUGGUGUUCAGCACUGAGGGCAAGAUCCCCUACAGAGAAGGUCAAUCCAUCGGCGUGGUUCCCCCCGGUCUUGACAAGAGGGGCAACCCCGAGAAGCUCCGCCUCUACUCCAUUGCCAGCAGUGCCCCUGGUGACUUCGGUGACUACAAGACGGUGUCACUGUGCGUGAAGCGCCUCGUGUACGUCAACGACAAGGGCGAGACUGUCAAGGGUGUCUGCUCAAACUUCUUGUGCGACCUGAAGCCCGGGGAUGAGGUUAAGAUCACUGGUCCUGUCGGCAAGGAGAUGCUCAUGCCCAUCGACCAGAACGCCACCAUCAUCAUGCUUGGCACUGGUACUGGCAUUGCUCCCUUCCGCAGCUUCUUGUGGCGCAUGUUCUUCGAGAAGCACGAUGACUACAAGUUCACCGGUCUCGCCUGGCUGUUCCUUGGUGUGCCGACCAGCAGCUCCCUUCUCUACCGCGAGGAGUUUGAGAAGAUGAAGGAGAAGUUCCCCAAGAACUUCCGCCUGGACUUCGCUGUCAGCCGCGAGCAGACCAACGCCAAGGGCGAGAAGAUGUACAUUCAGACGCGCAUGGCUGAGUAUGCUAACGAGUUGUGGAGCCUGUUCAAGAAGGAUAACACGUACACCUACAUGUGCGGACUCAAGGGCAUGGAGAAGGGUAUUGAUGAGAUCAUGACCUCCUUGGCAGAGAAGGAUGGUAUCAACUGGCUAGAGUACAAGAAGCAAUUGAAGAAGAACGAGCAGUGGAACGUGGAGACCUAUUAG